AUGAAAAUUAAUUUUAUUAUUUUUAUUUUUGCACUCGUUGCAAUGACAAGUUUAGUAACAAAGAAAGUAUCAUCAACAGUGCCAGCAGGUGGUAUGAUGAUGUAUGAAGUUUCAACAAGACCAUGGAUGUAUAAUUUAUCAAUAACUUAUAAUACACCAAUUAAUACACUUUCAGAUAUUCCAUUUGAAGAAUUUGAAAAAAUUAAAUCAAUGGGAUUUGAUAUGAUUUGGAUGAUGGGAGUUUGGGAAUUAGGAGAAUAUGGAUUAAACUAUGAUCAAACCAACGGACCAUUAUUACAACAUUAUGAACAAGUUUUACCAGGAUAUACACAAGCCGAUAUUAUUGGAUCACCAUAUGCAGUUACAAACUAUUCAGUUAAUCCACAAAUUGGGUUAGAACAAGAUUUAAUUGAAUUAAGAAAGAAAUUAAAUGCCAUUGGAUUAUUGUUAAUGUUAGAUUUUGUACCAAAUCAUACUGCAGUCGAUGCAGAAUGGACCACAACAGAGAUGGACUAUUAUAUUCGUGCACCACAAGGUACACCAACACCAUAUGAUAAUAAUACUUACCUUCCAAAUGGUAUUGCCUAUGGUAGUGCAGGUUGGGGUGGCUCAUGGUAUGAUACUGCUCAAUUGAACUAUUGGAAUUCAAAUUGUGUCAAAGCAAGAAUUCAACAACUUUUAACCGUAGCUUCAUUCGCCGAUGCAAUUAGAUGUGAUAUGGCUUACCUAUUAUUGAAUUCAUUAUUUGGUUCAAAUUGGGAAAAUCAAUUACAAUCAUGGGGCUUCCAACAACCAACUGAGGAAUUUUGGACUGUUGCUAUCGAUAUGGUCAAACAAGAGUAUCCAGAUAUUAUCUUUUUGGCCGAAGUUUACCAUCCAUACGAAGAGAAUUUACAACAAGUCGGUUUCGACUAUACCUACGAUAAAAUGUUACAUGAUAUCAUAAAUGGUGGCGAUAUGAAUGCUGUCAGAGCUUGGAUCUCUGGUCAUUCAAAACAAUUUACAACUCAUUCUGCUCACUUCAUUUCAAAUCAUGAUGAACCAAGAGGUGCAAAUUUCUUUGGUAGUUGGUGGAGAUCUGAUGCUGCCGCUCUCAUCACCUAUACACUCCCUGGUUUACGUUUCUUUUGGUGGGGUGAUUUCCAAGGUUAUUCCAACCAAUUGGACGUCCAUCUUAGACGUGAACAAUCUGAACCAGCUAUCGAUGAUGCAAUGGCAUUCUAUCAAACUUUAACCUCCAUCGUUAGUGAUCCAGUCUUUAAGAAUGGUGAAUUCACUUAUUUAAAUUGCACAAAUGAUCAAGAGAGUUGGAAUUUAGUUGCCUACAAAUGGACAUACCAAAAUGAACGUAGAUUAUGUGUUUUGAAUUUCUCUGACCAACAAGGUACUGGUAAUAUUAUCUUGGAUGAUGCUGAACCAAUGAAUGGUAAUGAAACUAUCCCUGUCACUGAUUUACUUUCCAAUACUACCUAUUAUCGUUCUUCUGAACAAAUGAGAACAACUGGUCUCUAUGUAAUUAUAAACUCUUGGUAUGGUCAAAUUUUUAAAUAUUAA